AGCAUUCUGCCGAGUGGCAGACAUUAUUUUUGACCCGUGGCUGCUGCUUGUUCUGUUCCCUCUGCUUCCUGCACUGCUCUGCCUGCUUUAGGACCUGUUUUGGAUACGUUUGGAGUUUGCAACCCUUUUCUGUCACUUUUCAACAACUUAACGGUUUUGAGUUUUGAGGUGGUUAUAAAAGAGAAUAAGGACGUAGUGUGGUGGGGCGAGGAGCCUCCAGUCUGAAUCGAGAGCCCAGGAGCUUCAGCCAGUCAAGAUGUCUGGAUCGGUCGAUGUAAAGCAGCAUUACAGUAAGAAGAAGAGCAGCCAGAAGCAGCGAAGCCACUAUGAGAGCAUCAGCCAUCACAGCUCUCGCUCCUGUGUUAGCCAGCAUUCAUACGCUGCACACAAAAGCAGCCACGCCAUCACCACCACCGGAGUGCAGCAGAGUUUUGUCCAAUUAGAGAAAGGUUCAGAGUUCAUACCAAGCAAGCUGCUGCCGCCUCGAGUCAAAAAGUACCUGGCCAUGGACCCUGACACCAAUGAGCUCAUCGGAUACGUUGUUCCUGUCUUCAGGACCAGCCAUGAGUUUUCCCGGGGCUUAGUGGAGGUCCAGGAGGAAGUAAAAGAAGAGGGUGUGGGCCAAGUUGCCAUGAGAAACCUGUUCUCCCGGGCAACCAGCUCAAUGGAGACAAGCUCAAUGGAGACCAGCUCAAUGGAGAUGGUUACCGUGGAGAAGAAGAGCCGGAAGAAGAACAUUAGGGAGUCAGCUGAACGCAUGCAGCUCAGCAAGAAGAUUGAAGAAAGAGUAGAGCUUCGUAAGAAGCAGAACAGUGAUAAUCUAACUCAUCCUCCGGAGUUCAUCGUUCGUCCACGGGGUCAAACGGUCUGGGAGGGCAAGACUGUCAAGUUGCACUGCACUGUGGCCGGAUGGCCCAAACCACGUGUUGCAUGGUAUAAGAACAAUGUGUUGAUCGAUGCAAAGACCCAUCCUGACAAGUACACAGUAGAGAGCAACUACAACAUGCACUCCCUGGAGAUCAAGAACUGUGACUUCCUCGACACGGCUCAGUAUCGUGCGUCGUCUCUUAACAUCAAGGGAGAGAGAUCGUGCAUUGCUACUGUGGUCAUCAAGAGGUUUCAGGAUGGAGAAGAGCUGGGUCUUCUGGAUGCUAAACCACAUGGGUUUUGUGAAGAGCAUGGGGUGACCUUUCACGCGGACAUCAUCGAAUCAUUUGAAGUGGCAUUUGGCAGGGAGGGAGAGACUCUUAGUCUGGGCUGCACUGUUAUUGUCUACCCCACCAUUAAACGCUACCAGCCUGACGUUGUCUGGUACAGAGAUGGCGUGGCCCUGUCGGAGUCUAAGUGGGUACACAGCCACUGGAGUGGUGACAAGGCCACUCUGACCCUGGUCCAUCUAAAUAAGGAGGAUGAAGGCCUCUACACCCUGCGAGUCAACACCAAGUCUGGCUUCCAGACCCACUCCGCUUAUGUCUUUGUCAGAGAUGAGGAGGUGGAGUUAGAGGGUGUUCCUGUGGCGCCAUUGGACGUGCUUUGCCAUGAUGCUAAUAAAGACUAUGUUGUGGUGACAUGGAAACAGCCAGCAGUGGAAGGAGAAAGCCCCAUCCUGGGAUACCUCAUAGACCGGUGCGAGGUAGGUCAACACCACUGGGCUCAGUGUAAUGAAACUCCAGUGAAGUAUGCUCGCUUCCCGGUGACAGGACUGAUUGAAGGGAAGACUUACACCUUCCGGGUCAGAGCCAUCAACCGGGCUGGUGUCAGCCGACCAUCUAGAGCCUCAGACCCGGUGACCGCCAUAGACCCCCACGACCGCGCCAGACACAGAGCAGGUCCAUCUGCUCCGUUCACUGGGAUGAUCAAGUUCACUGAGGAAGAUGCUACAGUGGGAGUGGUCCCAGGUGAGCCCACUGAUCUCGUGGUUACAGAGGCAACAAAAAGCUAUGUGGUUCUGGCUUGGACUCCUCCCACUCAGAGAGGUCAUGAGGGGGUCAUGUACAUCGUAGAGAAGUGUAUUGCAGGAACUGACUGCUGGCAGAGGGCCAACACAGGGAUCCCUGUCAAGUCUCCCCGCUUUGCUCUAUUUGACCUGGCUGAGGGAAACACCUACAGCUUCAGAGUCCGCUGCUUCAACUCUGCUGGGGUGUCAGAGUCCUCUGCUCCUACUGCACCAAUCACUGUGGGAGACAUGUUGGAUCUGCCUGCGGCCCCUGGUCCAGCCGUAGCAACUAGGAACACAGAUACAUCAGUUGUUGUUUCCUGGGGGGCAUCUAAGGAUGUGAAACACUUGGUGGGAUAUUACAUUGACCAUAGUGUGGUGGGGAGCAAUGUCUGGACCCCCUGCAACAACAAACCGGUCAAGGAAACCAGGUUUGUGUGCCACGGUUUAACCACUGGAGACUUGUGUGUGUUCCGCGUGAAGGCAGUGAAUGCUGCCGGUUACAGUGCAACCUCGGUGGAGUCUGAGGCCGUGGUUGUCAAGGCUGCUAUCGCUGUCUCUGAUGUCCCCAUUGGAGUCCACCUGGUGGAGGCAGCCCGUGAUUACAUGGUGGUGGGUUGGAAGGAGCCCAUAGUGACUGGGGGAGCUGACAUCAGAGGAUACUUUGUGGACUACAGGACAGUGAAGGCAGGGUUCAUAGGACAGUGGCGUGAACUCAACCACAAAGCACUCACCACUACUUCUUAUAAGGCAGAGAACCUGAAGGAGAACUACUUUUACCAGUUCCAGGUCCGGGCUGUGAACAUGGUUGGGAUCAGCGAGGCCUCCUUGCCCAGCAUGGCUCUGGAGUGUAAAGAAUACACCCUCGCCAAGCCAGGUGUUCCCCGUUGUCUCCACGUGUUGGAGGUACGUAACACUUCCGUUGUGUUGCUAUGGGAACCUCCCACCUUCGACGGACGCUCUCCUGUCAAUGGCUACUAUGUGGACCUCAAAGAGGCUGCUCCUGGGGAGGACUGGAAGGGUGCGAACAACAAGGCCACCAAGUUGAAGUACAUGAAGGUGAAUGGGCUGAUAGCAGGUCGGUCUUAUGUGUUCAGGGUGCGAGCACAGAACCUGGCAGGUGUCGGAGAGCCUUCCACAGUGUUAGGACCUGUCUUGGCUCUGACCAUGCCUGGAACCCAUGAGAUUGUGUUGGAUGUGGAUGAUGAUGGCGUGAUCUCCAUGAUCUUUGAGUGUUCUAAAAUGGCAGAAGGGUCAAAGUUUGUUUGGUCUAAGAACUACAAGGCAAUGACUGACACCUCCAGGCUUACUAUCGUCACUGAGGGCAGCAGAUCCAGAGCCAUCUUCAAUGAACCCUCUCUGGAGGAUCUGGGGAUCUUCUCCUGUGAGGUCACCAACACUGACGGAGUUUCGGCCAGCUACAACCUCACUGAGGCUGGUCUCAAGCAUCUCCUGGACAUCAGCCAUGAUCACAAGUUUCCCAUUAUUCCCUUUAAAACGGAGAUGGCUAUGGAUCUCCUGGAGAAGGGUCGCGUGAGGUUCUGGACCCAGGUUGAGAAGUUCACGUCUGACUGUAAAGUCGAGUACGUCUUCAAUGACGUCAUUGUGGAGAACGGAAAGAAAUACACAAUGAACUUUGACAAGAACACAGGCAUCAUCGAGAUGUUCAUGGACUCUUUGAUGGUCACUGAUGAGGGAACAUUCACCUUUAACCUCAUUGACGGGAAGGCCAAGGGGUCAACCAGUCUGGUGCUAAUUGGAGAAGAAUUCAGAGAGCUCCAGAAGAAGUCACAGUUUGAACAUGCUGAAUGGAUCCGGAGACAAGGUCCUCACUUCGUGGACUAUCUUGAUUUCGAGGUCACCCCAGAGUGCAACGUACUGCUAAAAGCCACAAUUGGAAACAUCAAGCCUGAGACAGAGAUCAGAUGGUACAAGGAUGGAAUAGAGAUUGAAGAGGAUGAUGCUGAUUACAAAAAGAUUGAAAUGAAGGACAGACAGUUGACCUUUAACAUUGGAAAGUGGGUUGUGGGUAAAACAGACACUGAAUCUGUGGACUGUGGCGAGAGAAUGACACCAGCAGCCGUCGUGGAGCCCUCACCAAGACCUAAACUGUGCAGGAAGGAUGCAGGCAUGUACGAGGUCAAGCUGAAGGAUGAUAGAGGAAAAGACAUUAGUCUAUUUAACCUUACUGAUGCAGGUUACCAGGCUGUGCUGAAACGAGCUGUUUAGGGUUAUUGCCAAUCUUCUACGGAGAUCCGGUGUGUUGAGUACUGAACAUGGCAUUGUUCUCUACUCCCUUGUGACCCACCACAAUGAGGAGCUCCAAGUGACAUGGCUACAAAAGGAUGCCAAGAUCUCCUACUCUGACAGAGUCCAGUGUGGGGUCACAGGAGAGCAGCUAUGGCUGAAAGGUCAACGAGCCCACAGAGAAGGACAAGGGAAAAUACACCAUUAACAUUAGUGAUGGCAAGGACGGGGUUAAGAGAGUGUGCGAUCUGUCUG